CCCCGACCACCAUGGUGAGCGCUUACGCUGCCUCAUUCACCGACCUGUUUUUGGCGGUCACUGCCCUCGAGCUCUUCUCCUUCCUGGACACCCAGACGGGUGCGGGUGCAGCGACACCCGCCCUGCUCGACGGCACGGCCGAGGUCUGGUUGCCGGCGGCGGCGGCCCUCACCCUCAUCGUCGCCACCGUCGCGUUCAUGUACCAUCACCUGAGUCGCGCCGCCGUCCCCGUGGCUGGCGCGGCCAGCCGGCGGCUCUCGGGGCUUGUCAUCCCCGUACUAUGCGCGUCGGCUGGCACUCUCGAUUACGUCUUGUUCCUGCAGGCGGCCGGCGGUGCGGAUGGCGGCGCGCAAGCUCGCGCGCUCGGCCUGGCCGCUCUCCGCGCGUUACCCGCUGCGGCGACGGCGGCGUUCUUCCUGGGGAUGAUGCUCAUCGUCGUCAUCGCACACGUCCGCGCCGGCGGCGAAGGAGGCGGUGGCGCCGGCGCCGGAGUCCGGCCGGUCCAGGGGCCCGUGCGCGUCCUCACCAACAUGGCGUUCGGAGCGGCGGCGGCGCUGGUCUUCCUGAUGGCCAUGGCAGCCAUCCACGGCGCCAAGUAUAUAUAAGUACUAAAAGCAAAGCUGGAAGAAGAGGCGUCGUGUGGGGAUAUCCAGAGAUUUACGUCUACAUCUCCAUAAUGGAUUGUGUUCUGUGUUCUGUGCAGUGAUAUUCAGAUCGAUCUUGUACUGAAUAAGGUUGUGGUGGUUACUUGUGACUUUGGGAGUCGAGUCAUCAUCGAUGAUCCUUUGAGCUUGUGUGACUAUUAUGACCGAAACUUGUGUAUGCAUUUGUCACCAUUUCAUACU